GGCUGUGGUAAGUACAGACAGAACAAAGCAAGCAGCGAGGGUUUGGAACACAUCACUCCACCUACAAUCAAAUGUGACCUGCCUCUGCCUCUGCAGUGUUUGUUCUGAACCUCCGUCUUCCAUUCUGUCUUUCUAGGUCAACGCGAAAGCGAUUCAUCCAGUUACCAUGUCACUGUCUGCCUACAAACAGAAGAUGAGGGAACUUCCUCUCUUUAACCUUCUCUGCUCCUGCUUCAACCCGGAGCCUCGUAACAAGACUCUCUAUAAGUUUGAAGACCCAGUUGACAUGAACUGGUGCUUCAUAUCCGACAUGGAGGUGAAGGAGCUGAACAAGAGAGCGUCCGGCCUGUCGUUCGAAGUCAUUCUGAAACCACCAUCAUUUGAGGGAGUCCCAGAAUUCCACACAGCCUUGCCAAAAAAACGGGAUCCUUCCCUCGAGGAGAUCCAGAAAAAACUUGAGGCUGCUGAAGAGAGAAGGAAGUGUCAGGAGGCUGAGUUACUGAAACACCUGGCAGAAAAGAGGGAGCAUGAACGGGAUGUGAUCCAGAAAGCCAUCGAGGAGAAUAACAAUUUCAUCAAGAUGGCGAAGGAGAAACUCGAGCUGCGAAACGAGAUCCAGAAAGAAAACCGUGAAGCUCACUUGGCUGCGAUGCUCGAUCGACUGCAGGAGAAGGACAGGCGUGCAGAGGAGGUCCGAGAAAACAAAAGACUCAGAGCCAGUGCAGCGCAAUUGAGGAUCCUGAAUUAGGAUCGGCUCCCAUCCCCUCUGGGCUUUUGUUGUAAAUAUUUAAUUGAGAUAAACAGCGCAGCUGGCUAUAAAGGGAGAGGAAGCACCAUUGACAGCGAGCUUGAACCGAAAUGUAAACUCCAUUCGUUAUUCCUGGCCAAGUCUGGCCAGGCUGUGCCUCACUAUCUUCACUCUGUUACUGGGAGUGUCACUGACAGAGCCAGCUCUGAUUGCCGAAAGUUAAAUUAUCAUCUCACAGGCAGUGAGAGAAGUUGGCGUUGCCAGUGAUGCACUCGUUCUGAGAAUGAAUCAUACCAAUGUUUGUUCUGCUUUGGCCCCUGUCUAUCAUCUGGUCUGUCUGAUUUCUGAAUAAUAUUUCACUUAGUGAUUGGAAAGUGAUUUCUUCAUUCAUCACUAAAACUAAUUUACAUUGUCUUUUUUUAAAAAUGUCAUACAGGCUUCAGAAAAGCACAAAUUACACCAGACUUGUGAAAAACAA